GCACUGAACGAGACUGAACGUCUUUGUAUAUCUUUAUUCAACAAGCCAGAUAUGUUGGAUUAUCAGUCUUUUCUACCUAGCCGCGUCGAUGGCACUUGUGAAUGGGUGCUCAAUAAUCCACAAUAUGUCCGUUGGUUGUCAGAAGAAGAAGCCUGUAGUCUGUGGGUUAGUGGGUAUCCUGGCAGCGGCAAGACUAUCUUGUCAACAUUUCAACUCGAAUAUCUUGGAUCUAGCAUCUCUUCACUAGGUAACAAGUCGAUUGUUUGCUGUUUUUUCUGUGAUGAAAAAAUCGGAGCGCGGAGAGAUGCGAAAGCCAUUAUCCGUAGUCUCAUCUAUCAGAUUGUUGUACGACGACGUGUUUUGAUAAAACAUGUGAAGGCGGCUUACGAUAUGCAAGGACCUCACUUGACAGAUAACUUCAAUGAACUCUGGAGAAUAUUUACGGCUAUAGCAAAUGAUCGAAAAGUUGGUCAUGUGAAAGUCAUUGUUGAUGCUGUCGAUGAAUGCGAAGAGAGUACGAGAGAUCGCUUGUUGAGAGCAAUUGCAUCACUUGUGGCCGAAAAAGGUUCUUCUAGUACACAUGCCUAUGACAAUAAUAGAGCUGAUGUUGAAGCUUUAGAGUGCGUUCAGUUCGAUUUCUUAUUCAUUUGAAGAAAUUUAUAAUGUUGUUAGAAUGGCAAGAGUAUUGAGGCUAAUAUAUUUGAAGUAAUAUUGAAUGAUGUUGAGAAAUGAUAGGGGUAGAUAAUAAUGAAGA